AUGUACAGCUCCAUCGUCAGCCUGGCCCUGGCCGACCUCCUCUACCUCUCCACCAUCCCCUUCAUCGUCUGCACCUACCUGGCCCAGGACUGGUACUUCGGGGACCUGGGGUGCCGCAUCCUGCUCAGCCUGGACCUGCUCACCAUGCACGCCAGCAUCUUUACCCUCACCCUCAUGUGCACCGAGCGCUACCUGGCCGUCACCCGGCCCCUGGACACCCUGAAGCGGUCGCGUGGCUACCGGAAGGUCACGGCGGGGGCCGUCUGGUCGGUCUCGCUGCUCCUUACUCUGCCCAUGAUGCUGAUGGUCACCCUGACCGAGGGGGGUAAGGCGGAGGGCAAGGUGAAGAGGAUGUGCGCGCCCACCUGGAGCGUGGACGCCUACCGGACCUACCUGACGGUGCUCUUCAGCACCAGCAUCAUGGCCCCGGGAAUCAUCAUUGGCUUCCUCUACACGCGCCUGGCCAGGACCUACCUGGAGUCCCAGAGGAACCCUCCCCACAAGGAGAAGAGCAAGAGAUCCCCCCGGCAGAAGGUCCUCAUCAUGAUUUUCAGCAUCGUGCUGGUCUUCUGGGCCUGCUUCCUGCCGUUUUGGAUCUGGCAGCUGGUGCGACUCUACAGCAGCUCCCUGCAGCUCACCACCCAAACCCAAAAGUGCAUUAACUACCUGGUGACCUGCCUGACCUACAGCAACAGCUGCAUCAACCCCUUCCUCUACACCCUGCUCACCAAAAACUACCGGGAAUACCUGCGCAACAGGCACCGCAACUUCUACAGGUUCACAUCUUCUUUUCGCAAGAGGGGCUCCAACUUGCAGUGCUCCUGGGGACGGUCCAUGUCCUCCAGCAACCAGUACGACUACAGCUCGGAGGCCCUGGGCAUGGCCACGCUGAAGGACAAGUGA